UCCUUCUCCCCCGGAACCUCUCUCACGAAAGCGCUCAUCAACCUCCGUUCCUGGCUGCGUUGUUGCCACCACCGGCAUCUCAGCAAUGGCGGCAGCAAGAGUGCAGCCUCCGCUCGACCCACGAGCGGCGCCGCCUUCCAUGGCGGUUCCCACCUCCAACACUCGAAGCCUACAGGCCACGCCCAUCCACACUUCCAGCCCUUCCGUCCGCGCGCUGUUCCUCCGCGCCGUGGACCCCUCCCGUCCUGCCUCCUGGUCCGCCGCCGUCGCCGACCUCCUUGCUUCCGGAGACGCCGUCGCCGCUCUGGCCACCUUUGCCGCCGCUCUCCGCGCUAACCCCGCCGCGCUCCUCCCGGCCCUCCCCCCCGCCUUCCGCGCAGCUGCCGCCGCCACCUCGCUCGCCGCCGGCCGCCAGCUACACCUCAUUGCCCUCCGUUCCGGUCUCUUUCCCUCUGAUCCCUUCUCCGCCUCCGCUCUUCUCCACAUGUACCACCACUGCUGCCGCCCCCUCGACGCCCGCAAGGCGUUCGAUGAAAUUCCCAGCCCCAACCCCGUCAUUAUCACAGCCAUGUGCUCUGGCUACCUGCGAAACAAUCUAGUCUACCCCUCGCUUGCUCUCUUCCGCGACUUGCUCGCAUCUGGUUCUGCCAUGGCAGUGGACGAGGCGGCUGCACUCGUGGCGUUCUCCUCGUCAGCCCGUGUCCCUGCCCGCGGAAUUACCGCUAGCCUUCAUGCGCUUAUUGUGAAGAUUGGCUUGGACGUGGAUGCUGGGGUGGUCAACACGAUGUUAGACGCUUAUGCCAAAGGCGGUGGUUGUGACCUGCCGGCUGCGAGGAAGGUGUUUGAUACCAUGGAGAAGGAUGUCGUGUCCUGGAAUACGAUGAUUGCGCUGUAUGCUCAGAAUGGGUUGUCGGCGGAGGCCCUCGAGCUGUAUGGCAAGAUGCUGAAUGUUGGUGGAGGCAUUAGGUACAAUGCUGUGACGUUCUCUGCUGUGUUACUGGCUUGCGCGCAUGCUGGGACGAUACAGACUGGAAAGCGCAUUCAUAAUCAGGUGGUAAGAAUGGGUUUGGAGGAAAAUACCUAUGUUGGAACUUCUGUAGUUGAUAUGUACAGCAAGUGCGGAAGAGUGGAAAUGGCAAGAAAGGCUUUCGGCAAAAUUAAGGAGAAGAAUGUCCUUUCAUGGUCUGCCAUGAUUACUGGUUAUGGUAUGCAUGGUCAUGGACAAAACGCCCUUGAAGUUUUCAAUGAGAUGUGCAGAUCGGGGCAAAACCCUAACUACAUAACUUUUAUCUCGGUUUUAGCUGCUUGCAGUCAUGCUGGUCUUUUAGAUAUGGGCCGUUAUUGGUACAAAACCAUGAAGAAUAAGUUUGGGAUUGAACCUGGAGUGGAACACUACGGAUGCAUGGUGGAUCUUCUUGGCCGCGCCGGUUGUCUUGAUGAGGCUUAUGGCCUCAUUAAAGAAAUGAAGGUUAAACCUGAUGCUGCUAUCUGGGGAGCUCUUCUUAGUGCAUGUCGAGUCCAUAAAAAUGUUGAGCUGGGAGAAAUUUCUGCGAAAAGAUUGUUUGAGUUGGAUGCAACCAACAGUGGGUACUAUGUUCUAUUGUCCAAUAUAUAUGCAGAAGCUGGAAUGUGGAAAGAUGUGGAGAGAAUGAGAGUUCUGGUUAAAACAAGAGGAAUAGAAAAGCCUCCAGGGUAUAGCUCAGUUGAAUUGAAAGGUAAAACCCAUGUGUUUUAUGUUGGCGACACGAGUCAUCCUCAGCAUAAGGAGAUCUAUUCUUAUUUGGGGAAACUGCUUGACAUAGCGCAAAAGGCAGGCUAUGUACCAAACACGGGUUCUGUUCAUCAUGAUUUGGAUGAAGAGGAGAAAGAAUCUGCGUUGCGCAUCCAUAGUGAAAAGCUUGCCGUUGCUUUUGCUCUGAUGAACUCUGUCCCGGGUUCAGUAAUCCAUGUGAUAAAGAAUCUCCGGGUCUGUACUGAUUGCCAUGCAGUAAUCAAGUUUAUUUCAAAGUCCGCUGAACGAGAAAUUAUCGUUAGAGAUUUACAGCGCUUUCAUCAUUUCAAGGAUGGAUCAUGCUCUUGUGGAGAUUAUUGGUGAUAGGGUCGUACAAGAGGGCUGAGGUCGUGAUACCAUCUUCGUUGUCCGUCAUACCACCGUUGUAUUAUGUACAGGUCGAUUUAUUUCCAGGACAUAUUGUUACACCUCAUCUUGAUUAGGCUAAUGACAUUGCCUUGCUGCCCUGAACACUGGGAACUUAGAAGAUUUUAUAGCUUGGCAUAAAUCAAAAAGUUACGCCUUUUCUGUAAGAUCUGCAUACUACAAUGAAUGGCACAACAAGUUGGUUCAAGGAGACGCUGAUCAGAUGGACAAGGCAGCUCGAGGCUGAACCCAGUAUGGGAGAUCUCCUGUGGAACUUACAUGUCCCCAGCAAGGUAUUUUUUUCCCAUGGAGGGCUCUUCACAGUGUGAUACCGGGGAUGAUUGUUCUUGCAGGUAGGCAUAUCAGGACCUCACCCCAAUGUCCCAUCUGCUGCUGGGGAGCCAAGGACAUAAAGCACCUGAUGUUCACGUGCGACAAGCACUGGGACUUGAGGUGUUCAUCAAACAAGCAACGCAGAUUGAUCAACCACGGGUCAGUGAUGCUUGAGGAAAUUUUGAGGAGUACUGUCAAACAUUCAGCGGUUAACGCAGAUUGAUCAACCACGGGUCAGUGAUGCUUGAGGAAAUUUUGAGGAGUACUGUCAAACAUUCAGCGGUUAACGCAGAUUGAUCAACCACGGGUCAGUGAUGCUUGAGGAAAUUUUGAGGAGUACUGUCAAACAUUCAGCGGUUAUGGGUCGGUACGGUGUACAGGAGACGACCGCUGUAGGGGCAUGGUAUAUCUUGUGGCAGCGACGGAAAGGUGGCACCUGCUCAGUCAACUGUGUUUGCAAUUCAGGCUAUUAGCGCGACCUAUGCAAAAGCUCUGAGCAGUUCACAACCAGUCCUGAUACGAUGAGGGAAGCCUCCUUGGAAUUCUUAUAAACUGAAUGGGAUGCAUCAUCAUACUUUGAAAAUGGAACAGGGGCAGUGGCUGCGGUCCUCCGCAAUGAUCAUGGUGAACCGGUUGCUGGGUUCUUGAUCACAUGUUGGACUCGGCCACGGUGGAGGCGACCACUAUCCAGAAGGGCCCAGAACUGGUUGAAAACUUGGGAUGUAAACACCAUCAUCGUCGAGUCUGACUGCCUGGAAGUGAUUCAAGCAUGCAAUGGUUUGUAUGGUCAAGGUAUUUAAGUGAUCAUGUUUACCAUCAUCGUUGAGUCUGACUGCCUGGAAGCGAUUCAAGCAUGCAAUGGUUUGUUUGGUCAAGGUAUUUAAGUGAUCAUGUUUAAUUCUAAUUCUCCUAUGUAUUGGGACGAUGAACCCCUUAGCUAUGUUUGAUCGAAUGAUAAACGUGUACUGCUACCUGAUCGACCGAAGUCCAUCAAGUGGCUUCCCUAAAAAAAACUGUGUCAAAGUGA